AUGGUUGCAGCUAUACAGGCGACAGCCAAGGCAUUGGGUAAUCAGAUAAACCAGGGUAAUCAAGGGAACAAUAAUGAUGAGGACGGUCCUAUGACACUUGCUGAAUUUCUGAAAGUUUACCCUUCGAUCUUCAGAGGAACCUCAAAUCCUAUUUAUGCAGAUAAUUGGAUUCAGGCUAUGGAAUGGGCAUUGCAGGCCCAACAGGUUCCUGAUGAGCAAUGGGUUGAAUUUGGAACUUAUCAGUUCCAAGUCAGAAAUGCCAAGGAACUUGAAUUGAUGCAAUUAAAGAAGGGCCAGAUGACUGUUACUGAGUAUACUAGCAGGUUUGAGGAGUUAUGUCACUUUUCUCGUAUUUGUCAUGGUGCACCUGAAGAUUUUGUUGAAUGUCAGUGUAUUAAAUAUGAGGGAGGUCUUCGGAGCAAUAUUCUAAGCUUCCUAACUCUAAUGAAAAUCAGAGUGUUUUCUGAAUUGGUGAACAAGAGUAGGGUGGCUGAGGAUUGUGUGAGAAAGGCAGCAGCAGAGAAAGGAAGUUUGAUGCCCGGGCAUAUGGCCAAUAAUUGUCCAGAGAAGAAGAAGUAUGAGAUUGGUAGGGUACAACAGCCAAGGAGAGUGUACACCACUUCUGCAGCAGGCGCUGAUGGAUCUGAGACACUGAUUAGAGGUAAUGGUGAAAUGGCUGGUAAAAUCUUAAAUGCUUUAUUUGAUUCAGGAGAAACUCAUUCAUUUAUUACAUUUGAAAAGGCUAAUGAGUUAGAAUUGAGGAUGGUGGUUUUAGGUUAG